UCUACGAAUUAGAAAAAAAAGUGGGGUUUUUCUCCUUGGAGAUAAACCCUAAUCCUUUCCCUUCAAUUUGCUCUGCGAUUCCGAUUCCGAUUCAUAGCUCCAGCUUACCAGGUGAGUUCUCUCAAUCAUUUCUCUCCAUUAAUGGAUUCCAAGUUGCUUCUUUAUUCGCCCAAAGCUUCGCUCUCUGUAUCCGUGCCAUUCAUUCUCCCUCGCAAACCUUAUUUUUCUGAGAAUCCCUCUUUUUCCCUCAAAUCGGAAGAAUUUUGGGGUAGAAACUUGGAUUUGCGCCACAGAAUUGAUAGUUCCAGUAGUAAUUUAAGGAAAUUCCAUGUCCCGCUUCAGCCGAUUAGAGCUGUUGUGAAGCGGAGGAAAGAGCUUAAGUUCGACAAUGUGAUACAGAGGGAUAAGAAGCUGAAGUUGGUUAUGAGGAUUAGGAAGAUUCUUGUUCAACGACCUGAUAGAAUUAUGUCACUGAAGGAGUUGGGUAAAUUCAGGAGAGAUUUGGGUCUGGAGAAGAAGAGGAGGCUAAUUGCAUUGUUGAAGAAGUUCCCUGCUGUGUUUGAGGUUGUGGAAGAAGGGGCGUUUUCGUUGAAAUUCAAGUUAACGCCGGAGGCCGAAAGGCUGUAUUUGGAGGAGUUGAAGAUCAGGAAUGAGAUGGAAGGAUUGUUGGUUGUUAAGCUGAGGAAGCUACUGAUGAUGUCGAUCGAUAAACGCAUUCUGUUGGAGAAAAUCGCACAUUUGAGGACCGAUUUCGGUCUUCCUUUAGAGUUUCGCGACACGAUCUGCCAUCGUUAUCCUCACUACUUUAGAGUUGUAGCGACCGGGCGUGGUCCGGCCCUCGAAUUGACUCACUGGGAUCCUGAACUUGCUGUUUCUGCAGCAGAGUUAGCGGAAGAGGAAAACCGAGCUCGAGAGUUAGAAGAGAAGAAUUUGAUCAUCGACCGCCCUUUGAAGUUUAAUCGAGUGAAGCUACCAAAGGGGCUUAAUCUUUCCAAGGGUGAGAUGAGGAAGAUUAGUCAGUUUAGGGACAUUCCUUACGUCUCUCCCUAUUCUGAUUUCUCAGAACUAAAGGCAGGUACCCCACAGAAAGAGAAGCAUGCUUGUGGGGUUGUUCAUGAGAUUUUAAGCCUUACACUUGAGAAGAGGACUCUUGUGGAUCAUCUCACUCAUUUCCGGGAGGAGUUUCGGUUCUCUCAGCAGUUGAGAGGGAUGCUGAUAAGGCAUCCCGAUAUGUUUUAUAUCUCGUUGAAAGGAGAUAGAGAUUCAGUUUUCCUUAGGGAAGCGUAUCGCGACUCUCAGUUGAUAGACAAAGAUCGGUUGUUAAUCAUAAAGGAGAAGCUUCGAGCGCUUGUUGCUGUUCCCCGGUUCCGAGGGAGAGGAGCUACCAAGAGUGACACAGAUGGGGAAGAAACUAAUCAGCCAGAUGAUUUGAGUGGUGAAGAUUGGUCUGAUGUUGAUAACCUUUUGGGCGACGAUGAUGACGACGAGGACGAUGGAGAUGAUACAUAUGAUGAUGGCUGGAGUGAUGAAGAUGAUACCCCACCAAGUUUUGAUGGAGAUGGAGAUGGAGAAGCCAUAAAUAUUGUUUCAAGCAAGCAAAAACGGGUCGAUAACUUGCAGAAGGUCGGUCAGAGUCUACUUACUCCCGUGUUACCCGAUGGACGGUCCCGAGAGCGAUGGUGAGAGGCGUAAACCUGUCUACUUUGUAGUAUACUCUUAGACAUCUGUAGGGAGGACUUGAAUUCAUGACUGUUUCUCUGUUGUGCAGCAAUGGUGGUUCCUUGAAUUUAUAUUAUGCUUUUAUUUAGUCCUUCGAAUCAAUGCCAUCAACUAGUCCAUCUCGACUUUACAUUAA